CCUCGAAAUUCCAAUCUUGUAAAAAUGAUUUGCAGACGAUAAUCAGAUGUUGAUAUUUGAAAUUUUGUUUAAGAAACAUAACAAUUGUUUUUUGUUAUCAUGUUGACACACAAAGAAGGAAAAAAACGACCAGCCUCUAGUAAUCCAAAACUGCCAUCUAUUCACUCACCAGUAUUAGUAGAAAAUGGCAGUGAUGAUCUAUCUAAGCAAAUUACAUUCGUUCCAGUGAAAAUACCAACUACCAAAUGGCAAGAUCGUUGGCCUCCACCUUUAAAUCUUUCACCUUUAAACCAGAGGAGAAAUAGUGAUACAGGAAACUUCCCAGUCAUACCAAAGAAGGAAAACAAAUCAGAUAAUAAUCAAAAUAAAUCAGAAAUUGAUAUUUUGACAAAGAGAAAAUCAAGCAGUGCAAAAUGUAGUAUGGGAAAAUGUGAAAAUAUAAAUGACCGAAAAAUUGAAAAAUAUAGAACAAUAUCAGAAAUAAAUUUUCUUGAAAUAAAAAGCGAUUUAGAUAGAUUAAAAAAAGAUAAACGGAUUAUGGCUAAUCUACUAAAAGAAAGUCAGAAAGAACUGACUAAGAAAGAGUCUCAAAUGAAAGGUAUUAUUCAAGAAAAUGACAUUUUAAAAAAAGAAAUAGUAUCCUUAAAAGCACUCAAAUUGAAAACAGAAGAAAAAAAAAGUGAAAACACUAUGGAUAAUCUGAUUAUUGCAACAGAUGAAAAUAAGGAGGAACUAAAGACAUCAGAUAAUACAGAAAAGAUGACUCUUUUAGAAAGUAACAAAAAAAUUGCUUUGCUGACACAAGAAAAUCAAAUUCUUAAAGAAUGUUUAAAUGAUAUAUAUUGUAAAAUUUUGGAUACUGAUUCUUUAGAAACAGAAAAUAUUCAGACAGAAACAAAACAAACUUUGGAAAAUUCUCUUAUAAAUUCUGAAAUAGAGAUUGAAAAAAUUAAUGAAUAUGUUGAAAGAAUACUUAAACAACAUGAUAAAUUAACAAGAAAAAUAGAAGAAUUUAAAAAAAUUCCACAAAGUUCAGCUGCUGAUAGUAAUGAAAAAAUUAAGUCAAUUGAAGAGGACAAAGAAAGAUUAAUGCAGGAAGUUGGAACAAAAGAAAAUGAAAUAAAAACAUUAUCAGAACUAAAUGAUAAACUUAAAGAUAGUAUGAUUUUAACAGAAUCACGGUAUGAAGAUUUAGAAAAAGAAAUUAUAGAUUUACAAAUUGAUAAUAAUAAAUUAGAAGAAUUUCUUUUAGUUUGUCGUAAAGCUCAGAAAGAAUUGAGAUCUUCUGUUAAAAAUUGGGAAGAAAAAUUCAAUAUUGUUGAGGGAGAAAAGUAUAAAUUAGAAAUGAAAAUUACAAAAGUUCAAGAUGAGUUUGAUAAUUUUAAAAUGAAUAUAAUGGAGACUAUAAGAUUAGCUUUGGAUAUUGAACCUCUUGAAUCAACAGUUCCUACUGAUGUAUUAACUAUGGCUAUUGUUGAAAUGGCUGAAGAAUGUCAUGCACUUAGAACAACUGUGGAGAGAAUUGAAAGAAAAGAAAAUGAACAAAUUCAACAGCUUAAUAAAUUGUACAGUUAUAUUUUAGAAACUGAAGUAAGUGUUUUUUUAUAUCAAUAA